AGCACAGCUGCACCGCAGCUCAUAGAGCUGCUUAGGUGAAUGAGACCUUUCAAGCACAGCAGGAAAGAUGUGCACCCGGUGGAAUUACAGCACGGCCUCCCUCCAGGCACCUCCUCUGGACUACUCCUUCCGGGGCAUCAGCUUCGUGCAAGACCUGCUGACGGAGGAGCCGCGCCCUGGCAUCAAGCUCAUCAAACAGACGGGCGCAGGCCGGUCGCUGACCCAGGCCAUCCGGCUCAACAACAACACGCUCAACGACCUGACCGACUUCCCAGAGAUCGUGGCACAGCUGGUGGAGUACCCCGAGGAGAUCUACUGGAUCGACCUCUCCUUCAACGACCUGCCCAGCAUCGACCCGGUAUCUCAGCCCUUUCCCUGGGCUUCUCACCAAGCAGCACCACAACUCCAUCAAGCGUACCAGUAAACCUUCCAGAUGGGAGGGCCUCCUUCCUCGCAGUGCUUUCCCCUUUUUCGAGUGUGCUCACCACCUAUUACAACCUCCACCACCUCAACCUCCACGGGAACAGCAUCCAGCAACUCUCCGAAGUGGACAAACUGGCUGUGCUGCCACACCUGCGCAGCCUGACCCUCCACGGAAACCCCAUUGAGGAGGAGAAGGGCUACAGGAGCUACGUUCUGUCCACCUUGCCCCAGCUGAAGUCCUUCGAUUUCAGUGGAGUCACGAGGCUCGACCGCUCGACCGCUGCCAUUUGGAGGCGCAUGAACAUCAGGCCCAAGGUGGCCCGGAGGAGGCGGGACAAUUACUGACCGCCACACGCUCCGCCUCUGCCCAGCGGCUGCGACCGCAGGAGGGCGGCUGACCUGUGGGGAGGCGGCGGCCUCGGCAGUCUGCGCCCAGUUAGGAAUAAAAGGUUAGCGCAGCUUCGCCUGGCGGAUCAUGGAGGGCGACCAGAGUGGGAAGAGGCCGAGGGGAGCGGUGCCCUGGCCCGGCUUCCCCGCCCAGGAAGCGGCCCGAGACCCUGGACCUCCCCGCAGCCGGCAGCCACGCUCGGGGCCCUCCCCAGUACGGACUCCAGCUCUGCUUGCCAUCCAGACAUGAGGGAGCAGCCUGGCCUCCUGGGGAAUCCUACGGAGGGGAGCAGGAAAGACCCAGAACCUGGGAGAGGGAGUGGGGCGGAGGAGGCGAUGCCCUCUGGCGGCCACGCUCCGUGGGGGAACGAAUGCGCACCAUGCUGCUGUGCUGCCCUCCUGUUUCUUCACACCAACCCAGCCGCCUUCGCCAUUUGAACACCGCCGAAAACGGGCGGUGCCGAGGGCAAC